AUGGCUCCCCUACCACUCCCACGCAUACCCGCCUCAACGGUCCAAAAAUUCGAAAACUUGGUCUUCAAACGGGUCGUGUACCCAGCUCUCCAAGGAGUUGAAGCCAUCCACCCCACAAGAACCUUCAGUCCCAUCACCCGGCGGCAAGACGCCCCACCCGCCGCUACAGUAACCGUCGUCCAAGCCGACAAUGACAACGACCCCGAUGACGCUCAAACCCUCAGCGGCGGUGCCAUCGCAGGCAUCGUCAUCGGCUCUAUCGCCGGCUUGCUUCUUCUCAUCUGGAUCUUCCGCAGCUGCUCCAACCUGGGCGCUCCACCAACAGACGACAAGCCCAACGGCAAGGCUUGGUACAAUGGCGUGAGGGAUGAGUACCCGCCCCGACACGUGGGCGGGGAGCCAUUCGAGGAGGUCGUCGAUGAGGGAGGUGCCGGUCGUGGUGGCGCAGCCGACGUAUACGUAUGAUGAUCGGAGGGGGAGGAGCGAUAGGAGGAGUCGGAGUCGGAGUGUUUCGAGGUACUAAAGGAGAGAAUGGCAGUUGAUGGCAGGGAGGUCAGGACACAGGAAUCGAAAUAGGAUGAGGUCGUAUGGCCGGGACGAGAGCACCGGGAGAAGAGGGCAUUGAUGAGAUAAGACAUCAAAUGCCACGGUUGACGAAUCGACGACUGGAUGACACGACCAUAUCUUUCCUCUUGACUCUAUAUAUACCCCGAUGGGAGAGUAUGGCAUCAAUGAUGAUCAAACAAUUGAGAAAACAUACACACUGGCAGCUGGAAGUGGGCCCAAUGUUGAUGAGACCAAAUCCGGAGUCUUGGUGAGAGCCGGAACGGUCAUUCAAUAACAUCAAU